CGAUGACCGGCUUCCGUCCGCAGGCGGUGGUGUCGGGCACCGAGCUCCCCGUGCCGGGUGAGGGGCCGCUGUUGGCGGUGCGGUCUCAGUAGGCGGUAUGAGUUUGGCUGGGGGCCGGGCCCCACGGAAGACCGCGGGAAACCGGCUUUCCGGGCUUCUGGAGGCAGAGGAGGAAGAUGAGUUCUACCAGACGACUUAUGGGGGUUUCACGGAGGAAUCGGGUGAUGAUGAGUAUCAAGGGGACCAGUCAGACACAGAGGAUGAAGUGGACUCUGACUUUGACAUUGACGAAGGAGAUGAACCAUCCAGUGAUGGAGAAGCAGAAGAGCCCAGAAGGAAGCGCCGAAUAGUCACCAAAGCCUAUAAGGAACCUCUCAAGAGCUUGAGGCCUCGAAAGGUCAGUACCCCAGCUGGUAGCUCUCAGAAGACCCGAGAAGAGAAGACACUGCUACCACUAGAACUACAGGAUGAUGGCUCUGACAGUCGGAAGUCCAUGCGUCAAUCUACAGCUGAACAUACACGACAAACAUUCCUGCGGGUACAGGAAAGGCAGGGCCAGUCACGGCGGCGAAAGGGACCCCACUGUGAGCGGCCACUGACCCAGGAGGAGCUGCUCAGGGAGGCCAAGAUCACAGAAGAGCUCAACUUACGUUCACUGGAAACGUAUGAGCGACUUGAGGCUGACAAAAAGAAACAGGUUCAUAAGAAGCGGAAGUGCCCUGGGCCUGUGAUCACCUAUCAUUCAGUGACAGUGCCGCUGCUGGGGGAGCCAGGCCCUAAGGAAGAGAAUGUGGACGUGGAAGGACUUGAUCCUGCUCCCACGGCUUCUGCAUUGACUCCCCAGGCCGGGACUGGAACCGAGACUGGAACUGGGACUGGAACCGAGACUGGAACCGGGACUGGAACUGGGACUGGAACCGGGACUGGAACCACAACUAGAACUGUCGUCCCUCCUCCUCGCUGCUCACGUACCUUCAUUACUUUUAGUGAUGAUGCAACAUUUGAGGAAUGGUUUCCCCAAGUGCGGCCCCCAAAGGUGCCAGUUCGGGAAGUAUGCCCAGUGACCCAUCGCCCAGCCCUAUACCGGGACCCUGUUACAGACAUACCCUACGCCACUGCACGAGCCUUCAAGAUUAUCCGUGAGGCCUACAAGAAGUACAUCACUGCCCACGGACUGCCACCAACUGCCUCAGCCCUGGGCCCUGGUCCUCUACCUCCUGAGCCCCUUCCUGGCUCUGGGCCUCGAGCCUUGCGCCAGAAAAUCGUCAUCAAAUGAAGAGAUGUUUAGUCCUUGAACACCUCUUUCUGGCCCUGACUUGGGCUCUCAGUGUUCCCCCCUUUUCUCCAUUUCUCUCUUUAUCAUCUCUAAUCUUUGCCCAGCCCUUUUCUAUAUCACUCACCAUUUUUCCCCCUAAUUCCUACUGGUUUUGUGUUUGUUUUUUUAAUCUAAUAAAAUAGAAAGAUCCCUUUG